AUGCAGGACGACUUCAAGUCUGGCAGCCCUCGCGACCUGAAGCAGGACGCAACAGCAGCGACACCGCAACAAAAGCCGGCAACGAAUGUCGGCCUCCAGAGCCCGGUUGACGAGAAGGCGCACUUUGUCCACCCCGAGGCGGCCUCACUCUUCGUCAAGUACCCAUGGAUACGCCGCGUCCCCAUCUUCAACAAGGCAGCGGAAGGCUAUGGCCCCAAGGUGGUCAUCUCCCUCGGUAUGUGCUACUUCCUCUGCAAGGGCGUCGCGGACCAGCUAAUCAGCUACUCGCGGCAGCCCAUGUUCAUGUCCCGCUUCGGCAUUGACGGAGAGCGGUAUCAGCGGUUGGCGGGUAUUUCGACCAUGGGCUGGUCCAUCAAGGCCCUCACCGCCAUGCUCUGCGACGGCUUCGCCUUCCUCGGCUACACGAAGCGCUGGUACAUGUUCAUCUCCUGCCUGGGUGGUGCCGUUUUCGCCCUCCUCUACGGUCUUCUGCCCGCGAAACCCGCCUCCGCCGACAUUGCCGCCGCCUUUGUGUUUCUGUGCUCCUACGGCAAGGCCAACGUGGAUAUCCUGUCGGAGGGCCACUACAGUCGCCUGAUGCGCCAGAACCCAAAGCCCGGCCCGGCGCUGGUGAGCUGGAUCUGGGUAUUCAUCAUGGUGGGCGCCAUCGUGGCGGCCGCGAUUCAGGGCCCCGUGUCCGACAAAGGACAGCAGCAUGUGGGCGUCUUCGUGUCCGCCGCGCUGCAGGCCAUCACCUGUGUCUUCUACCUGUUCAACUGGUACGGGGAGAAGAAGAAUCGCGUUGAGCGGGCGGCCGAUGCGGCGCUGCUUUACGAGGAGAUUCAGAAGGAGCGCGUGGCACUUGGUCUGCUGCCGGCACAGGACAGCAGACACGUCAACAGCGAGGAAGACGAUGUGGUCUCCCUAGUGAACGGCGCGCCGAGCGGUGCAGCUGUGGGGACAAAGAAAAACUUGCACCCGGAGAACCACUUGUCGGAUGAGGAGAGCGUGCCGGAGUUACAGCAGCUCCAGCGUGAGGCUCUCGAGGACGAGAUACGCAGCGACGCCCUCGCCGUAGGGGAGGAAGAGGACGAGGAGCUUGCGGAGGAGUACCUGCCCUAUGAAGUCCCGCAUCCCGUCCCCUGCCUCUUCGGCCUCUUCGAGAUGAACAAGGAGGUCAUUAUCCGCAACUGGAAGGUCUUCGUGUACAGCAUCGUCAUGACGUUCGCGGUGGUGGCCAUGACGUGCGGCUCCAUUCUCGCGGACACACUGGGUUUACUCAUCAUAUGCGUGGCCAUCUCGACCAUCUGCUGCGCCACGUCCUUCUGGGCCCUGCCGCUGGUGAUUGCGAAGGCCAACGUCUUCGGAUACCUCCAGAUGACAGUGUACCUGCAGCUUCCCGGCGCGCUCGACAGCUUCUACUUGGCCAACGCGGAGUGCUUGCCUGAUGGGCCGCACUUCUCGUACACCUUCUACAACACGGUGGCGGCCGUCAUUGGGAACAUUGGCGGUCUCGUUGGUGUAACAGCCUUCAACUACAUCUUCUCGAAGCACAGCUACCGCCUCACGUUCUGCAUCACGACUAUCGUGCAGAUCAUUGCCUCCCUCUUCGACAUCAUCAUGGUGAAGCGCUGGAACCUGCACAUUGGCAUCCCAGACCACGCCAUGUACAUCUGCGGUGAUGCGAUCGUGUAUCAAGUGUGCUACAUGCUGGCCUGGAUGCCGAUGAUUGUGCUGCUGUCUCGCCUGUGCCCUCGUGGCUCGGAGAGUGUGGUGUAUGCGCUGAUGGCCGGCUUCUCGAAUCUUGGCCAGACCACCUCGUCCUCUAUUGGUGCGAUCAUCAUGGAGUAUGGCUGGAGCAUCACCACCACGCCUCCGUGCGACUUCAGUAACGUGCCAUGGCUUCUGCUUGUCGGUCACAUCAUGCUUCCGCUGCUCGUGAUUCCGCUGACGCUGCUGAUCCCGAAGGCGCGCAUCUGCGACGACCUCGACAUUGACGGUAAAGCGAUCAAGAGCGCCGUCAGCCACGAAGUCGCACUGGAUGCGGCGCAGCCUGACGACUCCGAAGAAAACACCUCGUCGUUGGAGGCUGCUGGCGUCGUGACGAAGGACCUGCAGGCAGAGAAGAAACUUGUGUGA